CUUAACAUAUUACACAUAGCAUACCUCAACAUUCCCGGCACCUAAUCCAAAUUUGCAGGACACUGAUGGGCCAUAGAUCACAAUCAUCCUACGCAACACCUUUUUUUCAUUCUUCUCCAAUAUUUACGAACACUUUCAUCACACCAGGGACGAAUACCACACACAAAACGACAUACUUGCCACCCUAUUUCAUGUGCAUUUUCAUUUUUCCUCAUUGCUUCUUGUCUUUUCCAUAUCCCCACAAUAAAUGCAUCCUUCCUUUCACCCCAACAAUUCACUCUCUUCCUUAACUAACAUUAGCUGUGCAAGACCAACUUCACUCAUGGAACCACCAAAACCACCUUUGAGCCUUCCCUCAACAAUAAUGUUUCUUCUUUGAACAACCAAACACUUGGUUUCCAACGUAGUAAUGGGUUGUUGUGUGAGUUGCAGUCACAAAACCUCGACCUCGCCACUAAGAAAGUUCCGUGGUUCACCACAGCCUCUCACUCGCCGAGAGAAGCCUCUAGAAAGCAGCAGAGAGGAAGAAAGUGAGACAGUGAAGCAAGUGCUCUUGGAAGCCCCGAAACGGAAUCCAACAACCUUUGCCAAACCAAAACCUCAAAAGCCACUCCAAAACAAGGUCAGAGAUGAACAGAGCAAAGUUCAGAAGAAGUCUUUGUCCCUUUAUAAAGCGGAAGACCCCUCGGAUGAAGUUUGCAGCUUGAGCGAAACCGUGUCCACCACUACUUCAAUCACCGAGCAAGGGCAAGAAACGCGCAAAAGGGUCGAUAUAUCUCAGGCCAAAUUGCUGAAAAAUCGUUCCUUUCCCGGUGAGAGAAGAGAGAGAACAGUGCAUGGUGCAAGGAACAAUGUUGGGUCUGUGAGGCUGGUUCAGUGCGGAGACCAAACGGCUCAGAAAACGGGCAGCGGUGGAACACUUCGACGGCGAGAUCCAGCCGAGAAAUCUUUCCGGCAGUCAAGGUCGCCGGCCACUGGAGGAUCUAGGCCCGUUGUGGGUCGGAACCCAUCUGUGAGAAAAACUAACCGGUGCCCGGCAAGGGUAACAACAAGCACGGCGGGAAACGGUUGCCGGAGAAAGGAGAAUCCGGCGACGGCAAGGAAAUGGGUUUCUGGCGGCGAAUCACUGGAGAAUCCACUUGUGUCAUUGGAAUGCUUCAUCUUUAUAUAGGAUUUUGUGAAUGUGCAGCGACGGUGGUGGGUGACGCCACCAGUGAGCCACCGUUGAGUGGGUGAGCUAAGUGUGAAGUGAUGUUAUGAGUAACUCGUCAUUUAUUAUUUGUGUA